AUGGCUGCCGACGCUGUCACAAUCAGGACUCGCAAGUUCCUCACAAACCGUCUUCUUCAGCGCAAGCAGAUGGUUGUUGAUAUCAUUCAUCCAGGAUCUCCCAACAUUUCCAAGACUGAACUUCGUGAAAAGAUCAGCAAGGUCUACAAGUCUGAAACCGAGAACGUGUUCGUCUUUGGUGUCAAGACCGCUUUCGGUGGUGGCAAGUCUACUGGCUUUGCUCUGAUCUACGACACUCUUGAUGCUGCAAAGAAAUUUGAGCCCAAAUACCGUCUUGUCCGUCACGGUCUUGCUGAGGCCAAGAAGACCAACCGUAAGCAGCGUAAAGAAAAGAAGAACCGUGCCAAGAAGUUCAGAGGAACCAAGAAGGCAAAGGCUUCGGCUGCCAAGAAAUAA